GUUCUUCUUUUGCAUGCUUGGAGCCUGGAAAGCCGAAGCCGAGAGUCCCAGAUCUUAAAUAGACAACGUGCCGCGUCGUACUACGAACAGCCGGUUACCCUUAUUGCAAGCCGGAACAGAUAUCACUCACUAUUAGUUUUGCAAUCCAGUCUCAGAAUGGCGGACUUUUCUGAAUAUACCGGUCCUAGUGAGGAGUGGAUCGCUGUCGAGCGGUCUCUCCCCCCUUUACCGCAGGAUCUUACGAUCGAGCAGUUGAAGGAUGCACAGAACAAGGGCCGUGAGGACUUUGCCGCGCAGGAGAUGGUCGAGCAGGGCCUGCACCCCAAGGUUACACUGCGCGACUUCGGCAUCCCGGCUCGUGAUGGCUUCACCAUCGAAGCACGCAGUUACCGCCCCGCAGGUGUAGGCCCAACACAGCGUCUCCCUGUAUACAUUCAUCUGCAUGGCGGUGGUUUCCUCUUCGGCACACUGUCAUCGGAGGAUGCUAGCUGCGCGCGGAUCGUCGUCUCUCUAGCGGAGACUGGCCUUCCGGUUGUCGUGGUGAACGUCAACUACCGCCACACUCCAGAAUACAAGUACCCAACAGCGUGGGAGGACGUGGAAGACGCCUUCCACUGGAUCCAUGACCAUAUUGAAGCAAUUGGCGGUGACGGAGCGAAUCUCGUUAUGGGUGGUAUCUCCGCCGGGGCUUGGCUGACUGCCUCCACUGCUCUUGCACAGCAUCUGGGACAAGACAAGGAGCUGGCGGCUCGGCCCAGGAUCAAGGGGCAGGUCCUCAUGAUUCCUCCUCUCGUGCAUUAUGACUGCUAUGAGUCGCAGCUCAAGCGGUUGCGGGACCCUCAAGUUUCUAGCUGGGUGGAGAAUUGCAACGCGCCUUUUCUCCCGUUGGAGCGGAUGAAGCUGUUUAUGAGACUGCUAGGAAUUGAGAGCGUAAAAAGUCUCGCUGGAGACCUAAGAUUAAACCCGGGAAAUGCGACUGCUGAACAGGUCCGCGGAUUGCCUCCGGUUACGUUUGGGAUUGCCGGGUUGGAUCCACUGCGAGACGGGGCGUUGUUUUAUGCGCAGCUGCUUAGUGAAACUGGAGUGCCCACUCGCACGAAUGUCUUCAAAGGCGUUCCUCAUGGAUUCCGUCGAUACGGGGAUCGGCUGUCUGCUUCUAAGAAGUGGGACGAAGUGAUGGUGGAGGGUAUCAGAUUUGCGCUUUCAGACCCCGUUCCGGAGCCGUUUGUGAUUCAGGUCUUUUGAUGACUUGGAAUAAGAAAGCAAGGUAAGUGUAUCAGAUAUAGUCUCGAUGAAGCCCCGAGAAUCGAUAGACUAUUUGAACAAUAUAGAUGACUGGUCAUAAACCAUCCUUCCAGUCAGGUCUAUCUAUCGAUACCUUCCUCCGACAUACGCAGAAUAGUACUCCUUAGUUUCUCAGUAGUGGGUUUCAUGGGGUAGUUUGUGAAGUUCUAAACUUGUGCUGUGUGUUGCUUGUUAUAGGCGAAGAUUUAAAAUAUAUGUAUGGAGUAUGGAGUAGACAUGGGCAUGAUUCAGUGUUGACAGUUAAUACAC